UACUUGUGUUUAAAAUGUCAUAUAUAUUUAUAUGCUAGUUUUGAUUCCUGUUAGUUGUUUUGAUUCCUAUUAGUUACACACAGAUGCAAAUAAUGAGCUUUAGUUCAGUACAAACAGAAUUUAAUAUUUAAUCUCUAGUGCACUAAACACUGAGUUUCACUGCAUUCAUUUUUAAAAUGAUAAAUUAAGUAAACAUUGCCAAAUUGAAAGUAAAAUCCUAUAAGAUGCAAACGUCAGACGCACUGUAGUUUAAAAUCAGCGCGAGGUGUUUCUAUUUCUAGGCGUCGACACUAGUCACGUGAUCCCGAGACAGAAAUGAUUUACCUGCGGACUGACCGUCGCACCUGAACGAGUGUCUGAUCCUGAUCGAGUCUCACACUCCUGAUCUGUCAUUAUCACUUAUAAUAUUCCAUAUACAUUCAUAAUAUUCCUCUCAAUGGAGUGUCAGGACAGUGGAAAUGUGAACUCAAGCGCUCUGUUCUGAGUGUCAUCGGUCUGUUUCAUCGGUCAGUCCAGCUCAGAAACACAGACAGACUCCAACAUGAUGGAGGAGUUGAUCUAUAAACCUGAAACAUCUGAAGAGAUCAAACCUCUGAACCUCACUGAUCUGACCCGAUCCGAUGGAGAUGUUCGGGGAGCCGACAGCAGGACGGAGAGCGCUGAAGAGCUGGAGCGACGAGACGACUGGACGGAGACGGAGGAGAAGAAGUCACAGCACAGAGACGACGACGGUUCAUUGGCUGACGAUGAGGAGGAAGAUGAUGAUGAUGAUGAAGUUGAUGGGAACGAGUCGCAGGACUCCUGGCUGCCAGAGAAAGCGGUGCAGGCGUUCACUCCAAACGUGAUGAUCGUUAAGCCCACUGGACGUGAAGACGUUCAGAUGCAGGAGAUCCAGAUGGAGAAGAUCCCUCUGUAUGUGCAGAAUUUCCACACAAACCCUCCACAACACUUCCACCCGCCCUGGAUCGACGAUAUAGACAAACCUGAAGACAGUUAUUGUGUGGAGGUUGUGCGGUUGUGUGCGUGUGUAACGGCUGCCGUGGUCAUGUUCCCGUUACUGAUGUGGGGUGGGUACAAGCUCCUCCCCUUUGACGCCCCGCCCCUCGACAGCACCCCCCUCAGGCUGGUCUACACACUGCGCUGUGCGUUUUUCGCCAGCAUUCCCAUCGUUCUGGGUGUGCUGGUUCAGGGCGUGUCCCGUCUGAAGUUUGGGAAGCUGAAGCCUCUGUUUGACGGGACGUGGGAGAAUCGUGAGGUCUCCGUUCACGGUCACUACGUCCGAGACUCACUCCACCUGUACCUGCUCUACUUCCUGCAGCUCGCUGUCAUGGCAACAUACACCCAACAGGAAAUGCUCAAACUGGUGCCGCUCAUCACCAUCAUCUUCGUGAUUGGCAGACUGAUCUACUGGGUUUGCGUGGCGUUCGGCAGCAGCGUACGAGCGCUUGGUUUCACGCUCUCGUUCCUGCCUCUGCUUGUUCUGCUGGGAGCAAACCUCUACUUCAUCGGCUCUGUGAGAGGACAGGAGGCGGUGUUUGACGUGGCCCCGCCCACCACAGCCCCACCCCCAAAACAAAGGUGGUGGGGGUGAACACAACGACACGUUCAGCAUUCAGAAUGAUCACUUAAACAAAUGUGGGUGUGACUUUGCUGCUGACGUCCCCCUCCGUCCAGCAAGACAAUUAAACAAUGACUGAAAGACUGUGGGAGAAUCACUCAGUAAAGACUCACUCUUGCACUGAAACUCAAUAUGUGUCAUGAGACUAAACCUGUCUAACUGCUGUAAACCCUGGUGGUUUGGGCUUUCAGGUCUGACCUCAAUAUUUACUCAGUUAGUAGUCGAGUGAAUCUCACAAAGCCUUUUUACCUUGAAAUCAAAAGAAAGAAAUAAAAAAAAUAUAUGGCAACUUAAAGCCUUUAUAUAUAAUGCAUUAUAAACUUAUUUUAAUACACCUUAUAAUGCAUCGUAUGACCUUGUGAAUAAUUGUUACCACAGUUAUAAUACAUUAUUAUACUUAUCUAUUCAUCAAACACACCUUUAGAAAGUAUAAUGCAUUAAAACGCAUGAUAAACAACCAACUUCAGGUGGAAUCUGCAAACAUUAUAAUGCAUUUUAACUUUGGUUACAGUUAUUUAUGAAAAGAUAAUGCAUUAAAAUGUACAUUAUACAUAAAGGCUAUAUUUUGCUUGUUUUUAGGACUAUUAUGAUGCCUUCCUUGUAUUAUUCCAUGAGAAUUAAACACAUUUCUCUCCCAAAUCAUUGUUAUUGCUGUAAAGUGAAAAAUGAUAGGGAUAUGUGUUUAAUAUUCAUGCAGAUGUCACAAUGCAAGCGUAAUGGGCCUUGAAAUGUAAUUUGUUAUGUGUAAGCCGGAUAUGUUGGAUAAUAGAGUGUUUUACAGAGAAGUAUUUUGAUGUUUAAUGUUUCAGACAUGCAUCAUGUCAUGAUGUCAUUAUAAUUGUUUUGUGCCAUAUUCCUCAUGUUUACUAAUGUUUGUCCUAAUGCAGUCUUGUCUAUGACUUCACAAUCUGAUGUUUCCGUCUUUAUAGAAGGUUUAUGAAUAAAUGAUGCACAGGA